CCUUCAGCUGUGCCCUCGGUUCCCAGCUCCGAGGAAGAUGAGCAUCGCUGCUUCUCAGUUGGGAGCACAUUCCCGUUUCUGUGUGUCUUGGUGGCCACCCCAGGGGCGUGAGCCCGCCGGUGAAUUUGGGGAGCAUGCCUGUUCACAGAGUUUGGGCUCCAGGAAAUGACCAAGUUCACUCCUGGACACUAGUCACCAGCCAAGCCUUAGAUACUGCUUGGAGAAUAGCAAAGGGGUCGGUGAUGUUGGCAGUUUCGUUUCUGGUGGCCACCCUGUGCUACUUCAGAAGGCUGCAUUUAUAUGUAGGGCGUCGGCUGAAAUGGUGGAUUGGAUAUCUGCAGAGAAAAUUCAAAAGGAACCUCAGCGUGGAGGCAGAAGUUGAUUUACUCAGUUAUUGUGCAAGAGAAUGGAAAGGAGAGACACCCCGGGCCAAGCUGAUGUGGAAGGCCUAUGAGGAGCUCUUUUGGCGGCGUCACAUUAAAUGUGUUCGACCAGUAAAGAGAGAUAACUACGAUGCGCUGAGAUCGGUGUUGUUUCAGAUAUUCAGCCAAGGCCUCUCUUUUCCAUCCUGGAUGAAAGAAAAAGACAUCGUUAAGCUUCCUGAAAAACUGCUCUUUUCACAAGGUUGUAAUUGGAUCCAGCAAUACAGUUUUGGUCCUGAGAAGUACACAGGUUCGAAUGUGUUUGGAAAAUUACGUAAAUGUGUUGAAUUACUGAAAAUGCAGUGGACUGAAUUCAGUGGCAUUAAAGAUUAUCACAAGAGAGGAAGUAUGUGCAACAUCCUUUUUUCUGAUGCUAUUCUGGAAUAUAAACUCUAUGAAGCUUUAAAGUUCAUCAUGCUUUAUCAAGUCACUGAAGUUUAUGAACAAAUGAAGACUAAAAAGGUCAUUCCCAGUCUUUUUCGACUCCUGUUUUCCCGGGAAACAUCAUCUGACCCUUUGAGCUUCAUGAUGAAUCACCUCAAUUCUAUAGGCGAUACCCGUGGCCUAGAGCAGAUUGAUAUGUUUGUACUUGGAUACUCCCUUGAAGUGAAGAUAAAAGUGUUUAGACUGUUCAAGUUUAACUCCAGAGACUUUGAAGUCUGCUACCCGGAAGAGCCGCUCAGGGAGUGGCCGGAGAUCUCCCUGCUGACCGAGAAUGACCGCCACUACCACAUUCCCGUCUUUUAAGUCUGGCAUGGACCGGGCACUGCUCUCGCCAGUGACAGUGGUCACGCUUGCAAGUCAUGUUUCUCGAAAACCAAAACAAAUGUUGCCGCCACUGAGGGAAUUAGGACCUCCUUCCCCAGAAUUACAGGUACACUGGACGGAUGCACUCGGGUGAUGGGCACGGAUGGCUUUCUUGUGUUUUCAGUGAUUUCCUCCAAAGCAGCUGCUCUCAUGUAUUUGUGGGUGGUGGUUUGACCUUGUUCAUCAGGGCUCUGGUCACUUCACACACUGUGGGCCUUGAAGAGCACGAGGAAGUUUAAUUUGGACAACAGCAGGAAAAAAACGAGAAGAAAACAAGUUGGGAAAAAAGACUAACCUGGAAAGAAAGAAUUUCUUUGUCUCUAUAUUCUUCAUUAUGAAUCUGGUCUUUGGCUGAUUUUGGAUCUUCAUAAACAUGGCCUUAUUUUAUGAGGAAUCUAUGGUAUACUGAUUUUCCAGAACCACUUGAUUAACUGUAAAAUCAUGUGUUAGCGUGUGUGUAUAUAUAUCUUUAUACAUAUAUACAUAUGUAGAUAUAUAUACACACAUAUGUAUACGUGUAUAGUUUUAUAUAUACAUAUGUAAACACAUACACACAAAUAACCACUACUUUGUAAUGUUGUACAAUUU